AAUUUAAUAUUAUCAUAUUGGCUCCCUCUUAUUGCUCCAACAUGUCUUCACACGAAGAAGAUGAUCGCGAUGAUAUCGAUGAGCAAGAGAUUCAUGUGGAUGUUGAUUCGGAUUCCCGCUUAUCCUGCGGCACUGGUUCAGAUGUUGAUAUGGAUGGUGCCAGUUGUUAUGAUGAAUCGGAAGCACCUCUAAGUGAAACACAAUCGGAACAAACACGAUCCUCAUCAAGUGAAAAUCUACCCUUUAGCAUAUCACGCCUGCUCUCGAAACCCUUUGAACACAAUAACAACAACAACAAUAGCAAUAAUCACAAUAAUAAUAACAAUAGCAACAACAAUAACGAUAGUAAUAAAUCGAGCAGUAGUGAACAGGAUCUACAAAAUGAACAAGAUUUAGCUGCCUAUAAAUUAGCCACCAGCUUAGCUUCCAGUACAUAUGGUGGAGCUACUGCACUUUACACAUAUCCUCAUCUCUAUCAUUCAUCGGCAGCGGCGGCAGCAGCAGCUGGUCAUGUUUUGCGAGUACCACCACAAAGAACACCAUUGACAUGGGCCCUACCGCCACUACAUCAUGCGGCGCUGGCACAUCAAGCGGUCAAGGACAGACUGGCAGCUGCAUUUCCAAUUGCCCGUCGCAUUGGUCAUCCCUAUCAGAAUCGCACACCACCCAAGCGAAAAAAGCCACGCACAUCCUUCACUCGCAUCCAGGUGGCUGAAUUGGAGAAACGGUUUCACAAGCAAAAGUACUUGGCAUCUGCGGAGAGAGCGGCACUGGCGCGAGGUCUAAAGAUGACCGAUGCCCAGGUGAAAACAUGGUUCCAAAAUCGCAGAACGAAAUGGAGACGUCAAACCGCCGAAGAACGUGAAGCUGAACGACAGGCUGCCAAUCGUUUAAUGUUAUCCCUGCAAGCGGAAGCCAUAAGUAAAGGUUUUGCUCCACCACCAUCCGCGCCGUUGCAAUCCCAGCCUGUCAAUGGGGCACCAUUGGCAGCGUUGCAUGGUCUGCAGCCCUGGGCCGAACCACAACAUGCUGCAGGAUGUUAA